CCAAUUCCCUCCUCCCUAUUUUAAUGCUAGCUAAGAUGGUGGUUUGAGCGUCAACUUGUCUCUACAAUAUCAGGACCAGAAAGGGGGCAAAACAACCCUGUCGACUUUUUAAUCAAAACCGAACGAUAAACCCAAGAUCAACCUAAGUAUCUACUCAUAGAAAACAUUGACAUUUCACCCACAUUGGCUCCAGGUCCCCGCCCAACUGAGUUUGACUCCCUUGAAGUGGAACCCAUAGCUAAACACAGACAGGCCCUGUGCUGUGGUUCAACACCAACAUCGCCCAUCCUUGCCGUGCCAUAGAAUGUCCCACAGCCCCAAGAUGAAGGAUGACCCCAUGGAGUGUCCCCUGUGUAUGGAGCCGCUGGAGAUCGACGACGUCAACUUCUUCCCCUGCACCUGUGGCUACCAGAUCUGCCGCUUCUGCUGGCACCGCAUCCGCACCGACGAGAACGGCCUCUGUCCCGCCUGCAGAAAGCCGUACCCAGAGGACCCCGCCGUGUACAAGCCCCUCUCACAGGAGGAGAUCCAGAGGAUCAAGAACGAGAAGAAGCAGAAGCAGAGCGAGAAGAAGCAGAAGGUGACCGAGAACCGCAAGCAUCUGGCCAGCGUCCGAGUCGUCCAGAGAAACCUGGUGUUCGUGGUGGGCCUCUCCCAGCGCCUUGCUGACCCUGAGGUUCUUAAAAGGCCCGAGUACUUUGGGAAGUUUGGUAAAAUACACAAAGUGGUCAUCAACAACAGCACAUCUUAUGCGGGUUCACAGGGGCCUAGUGCCAGUGCUUACGUCACGUACAUCCGGUCUGAAGAUGCCUUAAGAGCAAUACAAUGUGUCAACAAUGUGGUUGUGGACGGUAGAACGCUGAAGGCCUCUUUAGGAACCACAAAAUACUGUAGUUACUUCCUUAAAAGUAUGCAGUGUCCCAAACCAGAUUGUAUGUAUUUACAUGAGUUGGGGGAUGAGGCAGCCAGCUUUACUAAAGAAGAGAUGCAGGCGGGAAAGCACCAGGAAUAUGAGCAGAAACUUCUUCAGGACCUCUAUAAAAUGAACCCUAGCUUUCUACAACCCCCCAUAUGUGCAACAGAGAAGUCCAAAAGUAAAGCAAAUUCCACUCAAAGCAGAACCAACAAUGGCAAUGGAAAGGAUGGCUGGCCAACACUGUCGGGGCAUAGCAAGCUAGCCAAUGGGCUUUCAGAAGACCGCAAGUCCCCGCCCCUUUUAGACUAUUUAGAUCAGGAGGUUCUUGCGGUAGAUGGGUUGGACACUACAGACGGGCCGGGCCAUGGCAGCGCUAUCUCUCCCUUCUCCUCCAACUGCGACAGUAACAGUCCCAGUGAAAAGCCUCCAGAACCAAUGAGUAUAGUGAACGGAGAGACUUUACAACAGAUGGCGUGCAGCGACUCCCCGUCCCCCCCGCCGGGCCUGUCCAAGCCGGGCCUGGUGGUGCCCGUGAGCGUGGCGGACAUGGCCGCCCGCUCGCCCUUCGAGGGCGCGGCCGCCGAGUCCCAGUCGCUCUUCUCCGACAACAGCAACUUCCGCCACCCCAACCCCCUCCCGGCCGGCCUGCCCCCCUUCCCCAGCUCCCCCCGCAGCAGCGCCGACUGGCCCAUGACCCCCGAACCACAGAGCCUCUUCGCCUCAGAUACGAUACCCGUGUCCUUCUCCACGGACUGGCAGGCGGCCUUCGGCUUCGGCGCCUCCUCAAAGCAGCCGCAGGACGACGACCUGGGCUUCGACCCCUUCGACGUCACCCGCAAGGCCCUGGCCGACCUCAUCGAGAAGGAGCUGUCUGUUCAGGACCAGGGCCCCCUCUCCCCGGGGCCCCAGAGCCACGGCCUGCUGCCCCCGCACCUCAACAACAACCACCACCACCACCACCAACACCCCCCCCACCACCACCACCACCCCGCCGCCUCGGCCUCGGCCUCCCUCCACCACUUCCCCGUGGGCCCGCCGCGCCUCUCCCAGCUCCACCACAGAACCAUCUACAGCUCCUUCAGCUUCCCCGGGAGCCAGGGCAGCCCGGCCGGCCAGCCCCAGCCGUCCUCCAGGCACCCCUGGAUGGCGGGCCUCCCCGCCGCGCGCAAUAACCUCGCACACUUGAACCACUCGGCCAGUGCUGCCUCACACAGUAACUUCCUCGACCUCAACCUGCCCCGUCAGCACAGCACGGGACUGGGAGGAAUCCCCAUCUCAGAGAACAGCAGCUCUAUAGACGGACUAAACGUCAAGGAGUGGCAGGACGGCCUGAGAGCACUCCUGCCCAACAUCAACAUCAACUUCGGGGGGCUGCCCAACUCCUCGUCCUCCUCGUCCUCCUCGUCCUCCUCCUCCAACAGUGUUAACCACAUCGGUGGGCCGGCAGGGCCCGCGGGCAUCUCCCACAGCCUCAGCUGGGACGGCACGUCCAGCUGGAUGGACCCUGCCAUCAUCAAAGGUAUUCCCGCCUCGGCAGGAAACGGCUCCGACAGCCUCCCGGACGACAACCCCCCGCACUGGCUCAAGUCCCUGCAGGCGCUCACGGAGAUGGACGGGCCGCCCAGCUCGGCCUCCGCCCAGCCCCUCCGCAGCGGCCUUCUGGACGGCCUCAACCACCACCACCACAACCCCCACCACCCCCACCCCCUCCAACAACACCCCCACCACCACCACCACCACCACCACCAGAACCACCUGCCCCUCCACCACAGAGCUGCCGGCGGCUGGGCCCCCUACCUGCCCUCUGCCACGGCCAGCCCAGGCAGCCAGUUCCACUCCCCACCCCCGGGCUUCCAGACGGCCUUCAGACCCGCGGGCCAGCCCAACACAGAGCUGCUACAGAGUGCCGCUGUGGACCGCCACUGAUCACAGACUACAGCAGAUACCCCCCCAACCCAUCCACACACCACCAUAUACGCCCCCCCCCCCCUAACCCCAGCCUCCCCGCCCUCGUGACGCAAUACACACACACCACACCACACACACACACACACAGAGAUGCACCGUAGUGCAUAUUACCGCAGUGAUUUAACAGAAAUAACAACAUGCUCUUUACUUUAAUUUCCUCAUUCCUCCUUGUUUUGUUUGUCCAGCCGUGAGGCCUGUCUGGGCUUCUUUGUUUGUUUUGGGGACGCGUGAGUUACUGAUAUGCUUGUGUCGGCUCGCGCCAGCUCUCUUUACACCCCCAGCUAGUGCUGGGGCGAGGGGGAGUGGGGGCGAGGUGGAAAACUACCGGUUAAUAUCGCUAACCGACGUGAAAGAGCACUAAUAGAAGUUGUAGCAGAGAGAGAGUGAGCGAAAGAGAGAGAGAAAGAGGGCGUGCACCAGCAGGCGGUGACGAGAGAGUGAACGUAAGAGUUGUCUGGUCAAAGAAGAAGCUGAACUAGGCCGUGACAGGAGCUCUGUGAGAGUAACUAACGACUAAGCAUGAACAAAGAGUAAGUUUUUCUGAAAGUAAAAAAAAAAAAAAAAGAGUCACGACGACGUGUGAGGAAUGAAGCAAGCUGUGAAAUCUUCUCUUGAAGCUUUGCCCCAAAGACCCUCGCACGGCCUACUGUAACGAGCGACUGUGAAACAUUUCACUGCACCCGCCCCCCCCCCCCCCCAAACCACCGCCCCUUUGCAGACCUGAUCGUUAUGUUCAGGGCGAGUGAGGGAGAGAAAGACAACUAGUUUGCACUUAGCCUUCUCUUAAUUUUCAACAUUUAUUCUUUAUUUUUUUAAAUGUUCAAAGCAAAGUAGGGGAGGGGCCGGCGAUGCUGCUGAGCGCAGCUCACAAAGUGAACGGGGAGUCAAGGGCCACAGGCUAUGCACAGGCUCCCUGUGUGGCAGGGACCCCCACGUGCGAGGGUCCCCCCCCCCACUGCCUUCCCCGGUCGGAGGGAAGAGACGUGUUAUUGCUGAACCUCUGUAUCAGAGGGUGGAGCGUUGCCCGGCGCUGGGCAGAGCCAGGGCAUCGGAGGAAGGAGAGCGUAGAGAUAACGACUGACACCCCGAACACUAGGGCCGGACUAGAGCGCCGGCGGGAGCCACUGUGUGGGGCCCGCCGUACCGAGUCACCGGCCCUUACUACUAGGGACCGGUCACCAGAAGAUACAGGAGGGAGGACUAGACGGAUGUACUGGAGACUAAGGAGGAUAGCAAUAGAGUGAACAUGUAAUCCCCCCUCCCUGCCUCCCAUCGUCCCGUUCUUUUGUCCCACCCACAAGUGCUUACACGAGGCCUUACAAAGAAAAGAUGAGAGAAAUGUGCUUGUGGGACUGGAAGCUUUGUUUAUAUAUCUAUGUGUAAAUAGAUAUAUGAUGAGCUCCAUGAUUGUGAAAAAAAAUUGAUAUUAUGCACUUAUUGAG